AUGAAUCUUGCGCUUUGUCUGGCCAACCUACGUGAUGUUGUCGACGGCGCCUUUUUUGCCUUCAAUGGUGUCCUUGGAGAGGACCUUUUGCACACCCAGCGGCCGUCGGAGAUGCACCGAGGUGGUGGAGAUGAAGAUGAAGGCGCCGUCGCCGUGGACGCUGUUUCCUUUGACGCCUUGAACGUGCGCAUCGGUCGCCUCCUCGCGCCGCUUUUUCUUCCAAAUUGGCUCUAUGAGGUGCCGAAGCCGCUUCGUGAUCUCAGUAAGAAUCGUAUUGCCGUGAGCCAGACGGUUAAAAAUCUGCAUGCAAGCGAGGAAAAGGAGGCCCCCCGCAGGCUGCGCUAUUCUUCGUCUGAAGACGUUAUUGAGAGCCUCUGCCUUGAUCCCGCGAUGAAGUUUUUCACCGGUAUGCAGCUUCCUCAGGAGCGCAUCACCGGUCAUCGCGCCCCAACAACGUGGUCUUCAGUUCUCUUAGAAGCCAUUCGCAGCCUCGACGGGACGUUUACCUGCGAAGGGGUCUUUCUAGCUCCUCCUUCGUCUUCCUCAUCUUCGAUGUCGUGCGCGCCUUUUGCGAUGGCGAGCCGGAGCUGUUUGUGGGCCCUGCGCGGCUACGACGCCCGGCGGGAGGGGCUGCGGGAGCUUCAGGAUCUCAUGGCGAGCCGCCUGCCUGACGGUGCCUUCCCCCUCACUACGCUGCUUGUAAGUCCAAGCGAGAAAAAUGACAACACGUGGUACGCUCGCACCGAUCACGAGGUAAGCUUAUACGGACAUGCUCCUAUUAUCCCGCGUUCUAUCGCAGAGGCGCUGCGGAAGGUCGAGGAUCAGGUCCGUGUUGGUGCUUUUAUUCAUCAUUUUGAGCGGUAUGGUGUCGAAAAGGCGACGAUUGAGGAGGCUAUGAUGAAGUUAUGGGAUACAGUUGCGACGUACGACGCCAGUCUUAUUUAUUCGUGA